GUACCACUACCUGUUUGUUGAUGUGUUGGCAGUUCAAGGAGAGGAGUUCUAUCAGACUCCAGGGCAGCCUUCGUUAGGAGAUUCGUUAAUGUUCACAUCAAGAUAUUGUCAUUAACCACACAGAGUUUUUUACUUGGCUGGGGAUUUAUGUGUGUGUGUUUUGAUUGGGAGAAAGUUUUACAUAUUGAUGUUUGUUUUUGUGGGGGAUAUAUACUACAGUGAACCUAUCUUGUGUUUGUGUUAUGUUGGAUUAUGAUAAUAUUGUACCUCAAUACCAGGAGGAAAGAUUGUAUUGUGUAGAGCGCUAGCAGGUGCUUGUGUGGGAUUCUAACUAUUGUGCAAGUUUUAAUCAAGGAAAGGGGAAAGUACAUAUUUCUCUUGAGUGUACACAUAAAUAUCUGAUUUCUUUGGUUUAUAACUGGAAUACAGGUUUAUAUGAUGAAUGCCUAUGAAUGUUUUGACCUUUGACCUUGUCGUGAUCAUUUCCUGGAUGAAUAUCCUCCAUGCCGUGACGUCCGCUAAGCGGGAGGCAGCUCCGCAGAUAAAGAAGUUAAAAUCUACAUGUAGCAGCGGAUCCGAGUGUCCGGUCAGCUUUCCUAAGGCGGAGCUUAAGAAACGCCUCACACCGCUCGAGUACCAUGUAACGCAGGAAAAGGGGACCGAAAGGGCCUUUUCUGGUAAAUAUGUGAACAAUAAGGAGGAGGGGGUUUACACGUGUGUUGUGUGUGGGAAUCAGCUGUUCUCAUCUGACUCCAAGUUUGACUCCAAAUCUGGCUGGCCCUCCUUCUACGAUGUCACGAAUAAAAAACAGAUCACUGUUAAAGACGAUAACUCGCAUGGAAUGCGUAGGAAGGAGGUGGUGUGUUCUAAGUGUGGGGCCCAUUUGGGUCACGUUUUCAAUGACGGACCUAACCCCACGGGUUUACGCUACUGCAUCAAUUCUGCCGCUCUCCUCUUCCAGCCCAAAAUAAACAACAAAAUCAAGUCUGAACUGUGAUUGUUUCAAUUAAUGAAAUCGAGUCUGAACUAUGAUUGUUUGAAGAAUUUUACUCACAGACAAUAAGCAGACUAAAUGCUUCUUCAAAUUUGUGAAAUUCACUUGAUGAAAUUACAUGUGCUUGUAAAUGAGAUAAAGCUUUAAUAAAAAUAAGACUGAUCA